AUACUGCUCAUUGCUAAAAGAGAACCUUUUGUUGACCAAAUCCCCCCAACAGAAUAAUUAUUAUUUUUCAUUUUUGAUUGUAAAGCUUCGAUUUUUUUGAAAUUUAAUUUAGUGGGAUGUUAAGAAAUGCUCUGACAUCACCUGUCCUUUGACUGAAUUCCCCACUGCAUUAACAGCCCACUUUCUUCCCCACUUUGCACUCCAAUUCAAUUCUUGUUAUUUUGUUCUUGUUCUUGUUCAAAUCCCUAGUUCUCUCUCUCUCUCUCGUUUUUUUUGGGGAAAAUUUUUUGAAUUGGGGCUGCCAUGGUGAGGGAUGAUUUGUGUAUUACAGUUCCAAGUUAUUUUCGGUGCCCUAUUUCUUGGGAUUUGAUGGAAUCUCCGGUGAGUUUAUGCACCGGAGUUACUUACGACCGGAGCAGCAUACAGCGGUGGCUCGACGCGGGAAAUAACACAUGCCCCGCCACCAUGCAGGUGUUGCAUACAAAAGAGUUGGUUCCAAAUCACACCCUCCGCCGCCUUAUAAAAAUCUGGUCGGACUCCAGCGCCGCUACGACUCGCCGCCCGCCGUCGCCGUCGCCGCCGCCUGACUCGCUUAGUUCCGACCAGGCGAGUCGACUCAUUGCGCAACUCGAAGGGGACCUUGAGAAUGAUUCUUCUGCGGUUAGGAAAUGUUUCGCCAGGCUGAUUCCGUUCGCCGCCGAAUCAGAGGAGAACGGACGGUUGCUCACGGCGGCCGGCGGCCGGAUUCUGCCGCCGGCGGUGGCUCUUGUAGGGAGAGUGAAGGAUUUGGUUUUUCUGGAGGAGAUUGUCUCGUUUUGCAAUGUUCUCUUGAGGAAUUGGAUGAAUAACGAUUCGGUAGAGCAGAAAACGGCGAUGAAAUCGAAGAUCGAAGCAGAAACCGAUUCAUCUCCUCUAUCCGAAGGCGACGAGAUCUACUCGGAGCUUCUGAGAUUAAUCUCUGCCUCAGAUUACAAUCCGGAAGCUAUGGACGCAGCUCUAACCUUCCUGAUUCGCCUCUCUCUACAAAAGCGAAACAGAGCAAAAUUCAUCCGCGCCGGCGGCGUAAACGUGCUCGCAGCGGCGCUGGCCGACGCGGAGCUAACCGCACCGUUAACGGAGAAAGUUCUGCAGCUUCUAGAAAUGGCGUCGGGAAGCUCCGACGGACGGAACCAGAUCUGCGGCAGCGAAAUUUGCGUGCGCGCCAUAGUUAAAAAGCUGUUGAAGGUAUCGAGCGCGGCGACGGAGCACGCCGUGCGCGUGCUGUGGAGCAUCUGCUACCUUUUCGGCGAGAAGAAGGCGGCGGCGGCGGUGGCGGAGAGCAACGGAAUGGCGAAGAUCCUGGUGGUUCUGCAGAGCAAUUGCUCGCCGGCGGUCCGCCAAAUGUGCGUCGAUCUGCUUAGGGUUUUCCGGUGCAGUUCGAAGUCGUCGUGCGUAUCUUGGUACGAUACAAAGACUACACACAUUAUGCCAUUCUAAUUAAUUAUUUCAUUUAAAAAAAAAAAUGUAAAUCCAAAAGCAAAUUUUGUUAUUGAAUUUAAUUCGGUUAAUUGAUCA